AUGGCGCAAACUCGAGAAGGGAAUGCUAGUUUGAAAGCAGAAAUGGCUAGUCAUAUAUCCCAAUUGGAUGAAAACCUAUCUGGUAAAAUAAAAGCCAAUUUAGAUAUUUUGAAUACGCAAAGCCAACGUAUCACAGAGGUAAACAAAUCAGUAAAUAGCAUUAGGACUGAAAUAACAAAUGUUCAGAGAAAAGUCACAGAAAUAGAGAAAAGAUUUGAUACCGAAAUUCAGAGAAUAGAGAAAUCAGUGGAACCUUUGGUUAGUGAAAAAUUAGAACCGAUAAUUGAAAGUAAAUUACAGGUGAUAGUACCAGUUGUAAAGAAAGAGAUUGUUAAAGAAACGGCAGCUGAUAUUGAAACACUGUGCAAUACCAUGUUGAGUUUUGAUGCAUGUGUGCAGGAGCAGGAAAAUACACUGCGUAAUGAGAUAAAAUUGUUAAGUCAGCAAGUUCAGAAUCAGACGUUCCUUAACUGUAGUGGUAUCUCAUUAGUCAAGGGCCUAACGCGCGCGGAAAGAAAGAAAUGGCCCAAAUAUAGGGAAGACCGGAGUAGUCAGUACUAUAGUAGGAUAGUGCGUCGUUCGCCUGAAGAGCAGUUACAUAAACGAAACUUUGCGAAGUAUAAUGCAGGGAUACAAACAGAGGAGAGGGAGCAGGGAGGAAUUAUUAAGGGAAAUGAAGUAGGAAAAGAAUAUCGGUCGGAUGUGAAGGCUCACAUGAAUGAAAUAAGUACAAUUCGAGGUCAGAGUGACGAAUUGAUGAAGGAAGAGUCAGAGAAGGCGUUGUUUGUCGGUAGGGAUGGCAACUGUGCAGAGAGGCAGGGGCAAGGGAGGAGUGAUGUGACUUAUGGUAAAAGGUUCGUACGAAUAGUCGACGAAUCGCAUCGAGAAGUAAUUAAAGAGGAAAGGGUGGAUAAGAAAAAGGGGCAUAGUGCAGAGACGCAUGCCGAUUCAGAAAUUACCUCGUAUGCAGAAUAUGUACAUCAGCUCAAAAGCCAGCCAGCACAAUUAGAAAGAUCUUCCACUCAAGUGAUUAAUUUGGACCCGAAUAUGACAGUGUUAGAGAGCCAUACCGAUUAUGAUGUUUACCUAGUGACAGCAAGAGUACAUGACUGUGAUGAAGAUUCUUUUAAAGAAAUUAGAGAAAGUGUAUCUAACCAAGAGAAAGAGUGUUGUGAUCCCUGUAGUACUGAAGCAAAUGAGUUGAGUGAGACUGGAAUUCCAUUAGUAGGGGAAAAUAAUGAAAGUAAGAGUGGCGAAUGCACUAUCCAACAAAGGGAAAGUAGAGAAAUGGAUUAUAAUUUGCGAGAAUUAUUUGAAUCCGAAGAAGGUCAUAUUUCUAAGGAGGAGGAAUUGUCAGAAUCAUCAGAAAGCAUCCAGGGAGAAAAAGAAGUAGAGGAAGUUUCCGAUUCCGCAACCGAGAGUUCAGGCAUGACAUAUUCGAAUGAGAACGAGAUGGCAUUAAAGAGCCUAGACGAAGGACUAUUGGAAAAAGUGGUGAAAGAAUUUAGGAUGAAAAGGAGAAAGAAACCUCCAGAUGGAAUGGUCAAUAUAAAAACCGGAAAAAUAAUAUGGUGUGUAGUACCAUCAGGUGUAGUAGUAGGAUAUGUUCGCAAUGGGUGA